AUGUCCAAUUCAACGCCCGAGUACCUGCGCUUCACAGGGCACCGGUCCUUUGCCCGGCGGCUCACCAUCUCGACCCUCACCGGCCGGCCCAUCCACAUCUCCAAGAUCCGCAGCUCGUCACCAACCAACCCCGGUCUCGCCUCCCAUGAGAUCUCCUUCCUGCGGCUGCUCGAGGCCGUCACCAACGGCUCCUCGAUGCAAAUAUCCUACACGGGCACGACGAUAACGUACCACCCGGGCCUCAUCUCCGGCACCAUCGCGGGCCAGGGCGCUGUCGAGGGCGACGUCAUAGAGCACCAUAUCCCGGACUCGUGUACCCGCGGCGUCACCUACUUCCUGCUGCCGCUGUGCCUGCUGGCGCCCUUCUCCAAGGCGCACAUGAACGUCCGCUUCUCCGGCCCCGGCGUCAUCACCGCCGCGACGGAGACGGGUGACGUCUCUGUCGACACGUUCCGAACGGCCGUCCUCCCGCUCUUUGGCCUCUUCGGCAUCCCUCCCGCGCGCAUCGAGCUGCGCGUGCUGUCAAGGUCGUGUGCCGGGCCCGGCGGCAAGGGCGGCGGCGGGUGCGUCGAGCUGCGCUUCGCGAGCCAGGUCCGACUGCCCAAGACGUUGCACCUGAACCGCAGUCCCGGCAGGAUAAAGCGCAUCCGCGGCGUCGCGUACUGCACUGGCGUAUCGGCGUCCAACAACGCCCGCAUGAUUCACUCGGCGCGCGAGAUCCUCAACCCGCUCGUGUCGGACAUUCACGUCGCGGCGCAGUACGACCAGGCGCCGCUGGUGCCCACGGACAAGGCCGGGAACAAGCGUCGGUUGGGCAUCGGGUUCGGCCUCAGCCUCGUCGCCGAGUCGAGCUCCACGGGCGUGCUGUACUCGGCGGAUGUGGUCGUGCCGCCGUCGGGUGGUGUCGUCCCUGAGGAUAUCGGCAAGCGGUGCGCGUACCAGCUGCUGGAGCAGAUUGAGCAGGGCGGUUGUGUGAGCCAGGUGUCUGCGGGCACCGUGCUGAUACUCAUGGCUAUGGGGUCAGAAGACGUGGGUCGGCUACGGAUAGGGAGGGAAGUCAUUGGGACGGAGGACCUGGUAGGGCUGGCGAGAGAUCUCAAGACGUUUGGCGCGAGCAGCUGGGGUUUGCGAGACGUUGAGGACGAGUCGAGAGACUUGGUCGUUUCAGUAAAGGGUUCCGGCGUCGGCAACGUGGGAAGGAAAAUAGCGUAA